CAAGUUUUUUGCCGCUAAAGUUGAACCCCUGUAACAUCAGUCAGACACUGAAGCAGAAGUAAAAGCUCUCGAGUGACACGGGCUGGAUUCUGAUAAACCAUCAUCUUCAGAGUAGACAUCUGUCCUUCCAGAUAGACAACAUGGGAAUUCAAGGCCUGUUGCAGUUUAUCAAAGAUGCCUCAGAGCCUAUCAGUGUGAAGAAAUACCGGGGACAGACAGUGGCGGUGGACACAUACUGCUGGCUCCAUAAGGGGGCAUUUUCAUGUGCAGAGAAACUUGCAAAAGGAGAACCUACAGAUCAGUAUGUGUCGUACUGUAUGAAGUUUGUGGAUAUGCUGCGUUCUUUUGGUGUUAAGCCAAUCUUGGUGUUUGACGGACGUAACUUGCCAUCCAAAAAGGAAGUGGAGAAGUCCCGGCGCGAGCGUCGACAGGCAAAUCUGCAGAAAGGCAAACAGCUGCUGCGGGAGGGUAAGAUAUCAGAAGCCAGAGAAUGCUUUACCCGCAGUGUUAAUAUCACCCCAUCUAUGGCACAUGAUGUCAUUAAGACUGCCAGGAUGCGUGGAGUGGACUGUGUUGUUGCUCCGUAUGAAGCAGAUGCCCAGUUAGCUUUCCUAAACAAAUCUGGUAUCGCUCAGGCAGUGAUCACAGAGGACUCGGAUCUGCUGGCAUUUGGGUGUAAAAAGCCCUCUAAAGCUGCUCGCAGUAGUUCUUGGAAUGACAGAUGUGACAAAAAUGUCCCAUUACAGAUAAGUAUUUGGAGCAAGAACUAUGAACCAGGUAGCACCCAGCCAAAGAGCCCUACAACCCCCAAAAGACCCCCUCCUACCCGGGGCAAAGAGAAGAUCAUCAGCGUGCAGAGUCUAAAAAUGCCCCAAAGAGAGUCACAGGUGAAAAGACCCCGUGAAGACACCAGCCUCUCUGUGGAUGACCUGUUAGGGCAGUAUUCAGCUGGUGUAAAGAGACGCUGUCCUGAAACUCCGCCCACCACUGAGCCACUGAUCAAGGACAACAUUGUUUCUAAGGAGAAGGGGUGUGGUAGCACAGUUGGACUGUGCCGCCCUCGAAAUCGCUUUGCAACACUGUUGCAGUGGAGAACCCAAUCAGAAGAGGGCACUGAAGAGCAGGUCACGCACAGCAGGUUCUUCUGCCAUGGUGAAUCCAAUAUGGCAGAGGCACAGAAAGACGCACUAAAUCAAGAUUCACCUCAGCCUGCGAGGUCUCUAGAGACUUCUGUCUCACAGUCUGAAGGAAACGCACCAGCAUUGUGUCAGGACCCUGACCCAGAGAGAGAGCAGGCCAAAGAGGAGUCGUCCAGCCCAUCUGCAUCUCCGUCUCGCUCCUCCAGGCCUGCUAGUUUGGGUCUCAGGGUCUUUAGUUGGUCAGGAAGCACCAGAGAACUCAAUAAAUCUGCUUCACAACCACCCACCGUCACCACAGACAGACACCGCUCUUCCACACCUUCAGGGUUAUCCACCCUGCAGCAGUUCCACAGAAAGAAGGGCAGCUUCUCCUGGGUAGGAUCAGGGCUUUCUCUCUCGUCCUCUUCUGUAGAGGGCACUGAGGAUGCAGAGAAAUCUCCCGGGUCUCCUCCGUCUCAAGACAGUGCAUAUUUCUCUCAGUCUAGCAGCAUCUCUGCUGGUGUGGAGGACUCCCUAGUCACAGAGGACAACUCUGAUAAGGUGAGAAACAGUGUUAAUUUUGACAGGCAUUUUUGAUUUAGUCUUAGUCUUUUAUCUUGAGACAAAA